GCACGACAUUCGCAGUAUCCGAACAGUAUAAAAUCCUUGCUUGUAAGUGAGUUUUUCUGUUCAUAAGUCCUUUGUUAACCAUGCUCUCAUCUACUAUCAUUUCAUUCGCUCUAUGCAUCUUCAAAUCGCUUCUGGAAAGCGAUGCCUUGGUUGUCCCAAGCGUCUCUGGGGAUGAGUCUUCCUUCAAGGGCUUCGCCUUCACUGCCCAUGUAAAACCAAAGUUUAAUGACCAGAGCGCAAACAACAACUCUUCUGUAACUCUUACCAAUGAAGGCGAUAUGGAGUACCUGGGACAAGUGAAUGUUGGAGGACAAGACUUUACGCUCGUCCUCGAUACUGGGUCGAGCGACUUGUGGGUUCACAGUACCACCAAAAUAAACAUCACAUCCACUACCGACAGGUACAUCAAUCUGACCUAUGGGAUUGGUUCUGCAGCGGGAAAUGUAUCGUACGCACCCGUUACAUUUGGGGGAUACUCAAUUGACAGUCAAGCCUUGUUGAAUGUCAAUAAGACUGACCAGCAGGACGUCCAGGGUAUCUUUGGACUUGGUUUCAAUAGCCUGUCAGCUAUCUUCACAGAAGUCAACGACCUACAAGCUCGCACUCCUGUCGACAGUAUCUUUGCUCAGCACCCCUCCACCUCUAAAUUUAUCGGCCUCUCCCUCGAGCGAACAGCAAACCAGGAGGAUACAGCCGGUGGUGUGCUGUCCGUUGGCGAGUAUGAUCCGCAGUACUCGAACAUAUCUACGAGCGAGAAGCACCCUAUCUUGCCUGCCAACUCGACCCGCUGGACGAUCGCGUUGGACGGGAUGAACGUUAAUGGGAACAAUCUGCAGAUGAAAUCGAAUGUUUCCAGUCAAGAAAACAGCUCUGCAAUUGCUCUCAUCGACAGUGGAACUAGCUUGGCAUAUAUUCCCACUGAUGCUGUGAAUGCUAUCUACAAUAGCAUUAAUGGGUCUGUACAUGUCCAAACAGCUUCUGGACAAGACUCAUGGUUCGUCCCUUGUUUCGGUCAGGCAAACUUGACCUUUGUCUUUGGUGAAGAAACGUUUGCUAUAAACCCUCUCGAGUUGACUUAUCCACUCACUAUCAGCGAGGGAGGCAAACCAUAUACUGUCUGUAUGAGUACUUUCAGGCCGCCUCUGUUCACCGACGGGACGGUCGAGGUAGAUUUUCUACUGGGAGAUAUUUUCAUGCGCAACGUAUACUCUGUCUUCAACUUUGGUAAUUCCUCAUCUGGAGACGACGGCAAAGGCGCAUCCAUCCAAUUUUUCUCGCGUACAAACAGAGAACAAGUUGCUAGCGAUUUCACCAAGCAGCGCAAGGAGAAUCUGCAGUCAAUGCCGCCUUUAUUCGACAUUAGCAAACUCCAUUCGAAUGGAAGCCUCGGUGAUAGUAGUCAGAUCAUGUCGCAACUAUCUGGUGACGAAGAAAGCAACGUCUGAGAGCAGUGGUGUGCACGUCUUUCUGUCAAUUACUGAAGCGUUACGCUGGAUAUGAUCCAAACUAUUAUGGAUUGGUGAAGUAAAUUGCGUUGAUCGUUAUAUGUCCUGUCAUUUAUGACAAUAUAAUACCCUUUCUUUUCG